AUGAGCGGCAAUGAUCCGGACAACUUGCAGCCAUGGUCAAUUGCAGUGACGACCUCGGUGACGACACUAGCACUCGUUUGUGUCUGUCUGCGUAUGUUAUCACGGUAUGAGCGGAAACAAGCCCUUUGGUGGGACGAUUAUAUGAUCAUAUUCUCCAUGGCUUGGAACUUUGUGGUUGUCGCGUUUAUUUAUCUCAUGAUCCAUGCUGGCAUGGGUCUUCAUGUCACAGAAGUUGGCAUGGAUGGUGCUGUAUUGGUCGCAAAGUUCCUCGUGGUGGCCGAGGUGCUUUACGUCUACAACUUGGUCUGGACCAAGCUGUCCUUUCUGCUGAUGUACUACCGAAUCUUCCACUUCCCUUACUUCAAGAGAUGGGCCUAUAUCAUUGGGGGGUUUGUUAUCAUUUGGGUGAUCACUAUCACCUUUCUGUUCAUCUUCAUCUGUGUGCCUGUACAGAAACUCUGGUAUCCUCAGUUGCCGGGACAUUGUAUCAACCAAGUCGGGACUUGGAUUGCCAACGCCACAUCCACCAUUGCCACCGAUUUGGCCAUUCUCGUUUUGCCUAUUCCUCAGAUAUGGAAAUUGCAUUUGGGCAAGGUAGAAAAAGUUGCGUUGACUUUGACCUUUUGCCUCGGCUUUUUCGUCGUUUUCGCAUCCGUUUAUCGCUUCACAGUGCUAUUUUCAUACAGUGCUACAGAUCCAACAUACACCCUCGCUCGCACUGUUGCAUGGACAUCCAUUGAAAUGUCGGCCGGGAUCAUGUCAGCGUGUCUGCCGACCAUGCGCCCUGCACUCAUCUUUCUGUUUCGCAGCGUGGGCUUGAAAAACCUGACAGCCUGGGGCUCCCGCGACGGAUCGAAAGCGGCCUCGAACAGUCAAGGUACGAGAACAGUUGAUGGCAGCUUCAAUGGCCUCAAUAGCCACUCGAGAAAGGAUAGCGCCUUCACAAGGCUUCACGAUGGCAGCUCUGGCGAUCGAAUAGACUGGAACUCGGUCCCCGCUGGUGCCGCGCUCAGACCGGACAACUGCUCGCCCAUGGUUACGAGAGUGAUGGGAUCACAAGGGCGUGACGAGAGUCUAGAAGGAGACGAGGUUCCAUUGCACAAGAUCAGGGUGCAGACAGACUUUAAACGGACAGACAAGUAG